UAUAUAGAAGUUCUCUAUAAGGUUGCUUUUUCAACGACACCUGUCCGUUCUAGAAAGAUGGCGAACGCCGCCCACAGCGAGGAGCGAGCGCUGGACGCUUUCGCGGUGCGGAGCCAGGCGUCGCAGUUCAUGACGCAGGACUUCAUUCCGUACCCCGACGAGGACGAAAAUCAAAAUACUAGUCAAAGUGCACCAGCAGUCGUGGUCGCUGUGGACGAACAAGAUGAACCCCGUGCGGUACAACUAGUGGGGACCAGCGACGAGGCUGAAGUUUCUGAAGAGAUGGGCGAAGAAGUAGAAGACGGAUCAAUUCCUGAUGUCUCGGACGCGGAACAGCAUUCCUAUUUGGCCUAUGGUCCUCGAGAUGAAAUUGAAAGCAAAGAGGUAGAAAAUGAAAGGGAAGUUGUAGACGGGUUGAACAUUGUCGGCCGAGAGGUGGAGGAACAAAAAUUUUUCCAGCCACAACCUUCCCCGUCCUUUCCUCCCCUCACUCAGAACUACACCCAGCAGGAUGUGGAGGCGUUGCAAACGAGCUGCGGUGUGGACUUUUCGCAAUUGAAAAACUAUCCGCAGUCCCAGGUUGAGGCAGACCGGUUCUACGACUUUGUGCAGGAGUUUCUCGAGGCACAGCAGAUCGUAAAAACAAAGGAAGUACCGGGUCAGUCCAAAGCGCAUGUGGGCGACGCUCUGCUGACCUUGACGCUUCGCGAACUCGUGGGAACCAGGGGAGCCAAGAGUCCGCACAAGGUGCAGAUCACAUCCAGCAACCUCCUCUCGCACUACGGGCUCGCGUAUCAAAUGCAAAUAUGUCUGGGUCUGGAAGGAUGUAAGAUUUGUCAUGCCAGUUUCCAUGACCCAUGAGGUCUGUAAUGCAGCACAUGGCAUGACAGAUUCUGUGGGAUCUCUAUCUUGCCUGUCCUGGAUGAGAAAUUCCUUGGCAACUUGUUAAAAAAGGACGGCUGUUGGUAACCAUGCAACACAGAUUUUUUGCAUCAUUCAGAUUUGGCAUGACAGGUUGCCAUCUUCCAGACCCACACAUAUUUGCAAUGUAUAUCGCGGGUGACUUCGAGAAGAAACGCACCAAAGACGAAAAUCGUUUGCAAUCCGAAAAUAUCAAAUGCAAAAAUGUCUGGGUCUGGAACAAUACAAACUUGUGAUGCGCACUUCGGAACACACAAAAAUCUCUCAUGCAUAGGUAGCAAAAGCUGCUCACUUUCUGUCCCCAACAUGGGGGAUUUGUCAUGCGGGUUCGGCAUUGCGGAAGCUUCUCGAAACCUGUAGUGCUAUAGCUUCCAUGCCAGACCUUCUGUGUCAUGCAGAAACAGCAUGACUCUUCCAGACCCAGACACUUUUGCAUUUGAUAGAAAAAGUGGAGGAGUUUGUCUACGAAAAAGUACGCGGGAACGGGGAAGUCUUUCGCUGUCUCAACAAGUUGGUGGACUUCGUCGGAACUCUGAAAACACACCACGCAGCAGCUGCAGGAGCCCCGGCAGCUCCACCAAGAGACGUUGUUGAAGAUCGAGGGAGGUCAUUGGCGAGCAAAAAUGGCAAGAGUAAGAAGCGAGUAAGAAUCACUUUUCGCGAAGCCAUUGAGGAGGCGAUGGGUCUUAAGCUAGAGAUCAUUACGAAGGCCAACGAAGUAGAAGAUGAAACAGGAGAAAAGGAAAUCAACGUUCUUCCAAAAGAGAGUUGUCCAACGGAAGCAGCUGCAGUAGCGGACCAUGCUACAAAUAGUAAUUCGAAAGACCCGCCUUCCUCAUCCCGCAAUCUUCACGCAGAGUUGCAGCUGCCAGCGCAAGGGACCACGAGAGCAGCAUCCGCGGCGCGCCAAGCUCGGAAUAAAACUACCGAGGUGGGCCGACUUUGCAGAGGGCAGUGGACGACUUUGUUGCAAAAAUUAGAAAGUGGCGAGGCCCUGCCAUCCACACUUCCCGCCGAGGACAGAGAAGUCAUGCCACUGAUUCCCUUCGCCAUCGGCUGGCUUGACCGCCAGCAGACCGACCGUUUCUGCGACCUGCAAGGGGCGCAGAAGAAGGCGAUCACUCUGGUGAUCCGGGAGCACAACCUUUGGUGUCUGCGGAAUCGCGCAGACCCGCGGUACGCAGCGAAGAACCUGGCAACAAGAUCUUCAUGA